AUGCUUAAGACCUUGGCAGACAUACCUACUUGGAUUUCAAUUACUAAAGACAAAAGUAAUUUAGCUUCAAGUUUGGGGUCUCGCAUAAGUUUAUGGCGUGGAGACAUAACACAUCUUCAAAUUGAUGCUAUUGUGAAUGCUGCGAAUUCCCAACUAAAAGGUGGUGGAGGAGUUGAUGGAGCCAUUCAUAAAGCAGCUGGAUCCCAGUUGUUGUCAGCCUGUCAGAAACUUGGUGGUUGUCCAACUGGAGAUGCGAAAUUGACUUCGGGUUUCAACUUACCUUCUAAAUAUGUUAUUCAUUGUGUUGGUCCAGUUGGACGAAAUGAUGCAGCAUUAGAAUCAACCUACAAAAAGGCACUAGAGUUGUGCUCUGAGCAUAGCAUUAAAUGUAUUGCAUUCCCUUGCAUUUCUACUGGCAUUUAUGGUUUCCCAAAUGAAGCAGCUGCCAAUGUUGCAAUUCGUACAGUGUUGUCAUAUCUUAAAUCUCACCAAGAGAUUGAACGUGUCAUCUUUUGCAUAUUCAUGGAUAUCGAUUAUAAAAUUUAUGAACGCUUAAUUCCAGAAAUACUGAAUUCAUACAAUUAA